AAAUUCCUUCCUUUCUCAAGAAGCUGAAGAAAAAUGGCCGAAACGCCAAAACACAUAGCCGGAAAAGACAACGGUUGCGGCUUCAUUGGGGCUAUUUUCGGCAACCGUCCCCGGAAAACACCACCGGUGCCGCGACUUGAAGCCUCUAAAGAGCACCGUCGAACCCAAUUUUCCGGCAACCAUACUUCAAAGAAACCUCAACGAACCCACAGCCGCACCACCACCGCCGGCGCCGGAGAGAUAGUAUACACAGGCUUCUCAAAACCAGUUGCCAAAAACCCUCCUCCACAACCACAACUUAAAACUAGACCACCCACCGCCGUGAAAAAACCGGCCACCGUGAGAAGUAAACCAGUUAAACCACCGUAUGACUCCAUCUCCAAAAGUGCAUUAUACAGUGUUUCACAAGUAACCAAUAUAUCAUACACGAAACAGCUUCGAAAAGAGCCCAGUUUUACGUCAAGCGAAUUGAGUCUCCGAAUCUCGGUUCGUGGAAAACCGAACCCGAAUGGCUCGACGUAUCGAGCCUCGUCGAACCAUGUCAUGGUUCCUGGCCAUUUGGGCAAUCUAAUGAAGAAAAAACCCGAAAAGACACAAACGUAUGGGAAACUAGGAAACAUCUACGGAAACUUGCCGAAAAAAUGGGACCCCGAGGCGUUUAAAAACCUCGGUAACGAUAAAUACAAACAGGGUCGGUUCGAUGAGGCGAUCGCAUUGUAUACCGAAGCAAUCAGGAUGGAUUCGACAAUCGCUUCUUAUUAUAGUAACAGAAGUGCUGCAUUGAUAGGUUUAGGAAAAUUGGUUGAUGCAAUUCUAGAUUGCAAAAUCGCAAUUCGUAUCGAUCCUUCGUAUCAUCGGGCCCAUUACCGUCUCGCAUCUCUCUAUCUUAGGUUCGGGGAAGCAGAGAAAGCUCUAUGUCAUUAUAAGUGUUCGGGUGAGAAAGCCGAACGACUCGAUUUUGGUAAGGUACAAGCAGCCAAAGCACAACUCGUUACAUGUUUGGGGGCUCGAAAAAUCAAGGAUUGGAAAAAAUUACUAAAAGAAAGCCAAUUUGCUUUUUCUUUGGGUGUAGAUUCAUCUAUUCAGGUCUAUGCUAUGCAAGCUGAGGCAUUACUAAAUCUCCAUCGACAUGAGGAGGCUUAUUUCGGAUUUCAAAACGCACCGGUCAUGGACGUCGGUAUUUCCGCUCAAUUGUUCGGAUCAACGGUUACUGCCAAUUUUUUAACGGUCCAAGCACAAGUUUACUUGGCAUCGGGCAGGUUUGAAGAGGCGGUGAGUGGCGUGCUACGUGCUUAUGAGAUUGAUCCAAGCGAGGAGGUUUUCGUCAUAGCAAGGAAAACCCGAGCUUUGGCAAGAGCUCGAGCCACGGGUAACAAGAUUUUCAAGGGAUCACAAUUCUCUGAAGCCUGUAAUGUAUAUAGCGAAGGACUAGAGCACGAACCAUACAACUCUGUAUUGCUAUGCAAUCGGGCUGCUUGUCGUUAUAAACUAGGCCAAUUCGAGAGAGCGGUAGAAGACUGUACCGUAGCUCUUAGUUUGAGACCUUCGUACGGCAAGGCUAGACUUCGAAGAGCCGAAUGCAACGCCAAGUUGGAAAGAUGGGAGUCUGCAAUUCAAGAUUACGAGGUAUUGGAUCAAGAAACUAUAGGGGGCGAAGAGGUGAAGCAGGCGCUUUUGGAAGCUCGAAUGCAAUUGGAGAAGCAACAUGUCGCCGAUGCAAAAUUUGUAAAACUAAUUGACGGUGCUAACAGAGAAAAAUUUGGGGGUUUUUUGAUUGCAGUUUAAAACAAGAAAAAGAGGAUGAAAAUUUUGGAAAUAUUGACGGAGUGCCAUACCGGCAUCGAACUUUUUCUUUCUUCCAAAACCCGGUUCGCUUUCAAGUGUAAUUGUUAAUUUUGUU